GAGAUCUGAGCUCUGCAGAGAAAUGCGCAUGCGCGCUCAGUCACACGUGCUGCCGUCCUUUGAAGCGCGCAGCAGUGAAGAUGGCGGACACAGAAAUUGGAUCAGCUAAGAAAGAGAAGAAAAAGACGAAGAAGACGUUCUCAGAAGGAGAAAUUGGGGACAUUCAAGAAAGCGGAGACUUCCUCAUCAAACCUGAAUCUAAGGUCGCAAGCUUGGACACGUCUCAAUGGCCGUUACUGCUGAAGAACUUCGAUAAGCUCAACAUCAGGACGGCUCAUUACACUCCCCUGCCACACGGCUCGAAUCCACUCAAGAGGAACAUACAUGAUUAUGUCAGGACUGGUUUCAUUAAUCUGGACAAACCUGCAAACCCCUCUUCCCAUGAAGUCGUCGCUUGGAUCAAGAGAAUUCUUCGUGUGGAGAAAACAGGCCACAGUGGCACUCUUGACCCCAAAGUCACGGGCUGCUUGAUCGUGUGUGUGGAGCGAGCUACACGACUGGUCAAAUCUCAGCAGAGCGCAGGCAAAGAGUAUGUGGGCAUAGUACGGCUGCACAAUGCACUAGAGAACGAACACCAGCUAGCGAGGGCUCUGGAGUGUUUGACAGGAGCCCUGUUCCAGAGGCCUCCGCUCAUCGCCGCUGUGAAGCGCCAGCUGCGAGUGCGAACCAUCUAUGAGAGCAAACUUCUUGAAUAUGAUGCAGAGAGACGAUUAGGUAUUUUCUGGGUGAGCUGUGAAGCGGGCACAUACAUCCGGACUCUGUGCGUUCAUCUGGGUCUGCUGCUAGGAGUCGGCGGUCAGAUGCAGGAGCUGCGGCGGGUGCGCUCCGGUGUGAUGGGUGAAAAGGAUAACCUGGUGACCAUGCAUGAUGUGUUGGAUGCCCAGUGGCAGUUUGACCACAACAAAGAUGAGACUUACCUGAGGAGAGUGAUCUACCCUCUGGAAAAACUCCUCAUCUCCCACAAAAGGAUCGUCAUGAAGGACAGCGCUGUGAACGCUAUAUGUUACGGCGCUAAGAUCAUGCUACCAGGCGUUCUGCGGUAUGAAGAUGGUAUUGAAGUGAAUCAAGACAUAGUCAUUAUAACUGCGAAAGGAGAAGGCAUUUGUACAGCGGUUGCCCUGAUGACCACAGCCGUCAUAUCCACGUGUGACCACGGUGUUGUGGCCAAAAUCAAGAGGGUCAUUAUGGAGCGAGACACGUAUCCGCGCAAAUGGGGCCUUGGACCGAAGGCCAGUCAGAAGAAAAUGAUGAUACAAAAAGGACUUCUAGACAAACAUGGCAAACCGAAUGGCAGCACCCCUGCAGACUGGAAAGAGAGCUACGUAGACUACAGCACACCCAAGGUGAGAAAGAGUGCUGAGGCUGCUCAGACGCCAUCAAAGAGGAAACGAGAUGAGAGCGGAAGUGAAAGUGACGCGGCGGCUGCUGCUAAGGACACAAAGACGGAAGAAGAAAUCAAGAAGGAGAAGAAGAGAAAGAAGAAAGAAAUGAAGUUGAAGCUAGCAGAAGAGGCUGAGGCUCCAGCGGAGGAAGAAACUGAGGUUACGGAGAGCGCAAAGAAGAAGAAAAAGAAGAAAAAGUCUAAGAAUGCCGAGGAUGGCUCAGAAUGAACAGAGACUCAUGAUAUUAUUGCACCAGUAGACUUGUCCAAUGGAAACUUUCUUCCAUCCUCAGCCACCUGUCAGUCGUGUCAGUGUUCAGUGUCGUAGUGGACGGCAGGUCGGUCAAAGGCCAUGAGUUUGCCUGUAAAUGGUUGCGGUUAAGAUUUUUUUUUUUUUUUUUAUAUUGUCCAAAUGAAACCCAUGUUGCCUGGGUUUAUUCAUGUAUUUGAAUGGAGUUUUUUUUUUUUUAUUAUUAUUGUAAAUACAGAAAUUGUAAUCCUGUAAUCAAAUGAAACAUGACUGACUUUUUACAAAAAAAAAAAAAAAAGCCUCAAUUCCUUCA